AUGAUUCGGUUUGGUGAUGGUAGCUACAGUGGGCCUCUUCCCUUUGGCCCUCUCAUCACUCACUACCUUCAUCGCCUAGGGAUUGAUCUCCGAGAAAAGGUUGAUGUCUGCAACAUCCACGAAGAUUUGAGUCCCAAUCAUAUCCUCAAUUGCCUAGAUGCAAAUGUUGGUCGUCGAAAGAUUAUCUCUGGCUCAGGGGGAGAAGCUAAAUGCUUCGUGUUCUCUGCAAACGGCGCCACUAGUGGAUUGGUUGCAGGGCUGACUCAAGUUGCUGUAACAGGAGAUCAAACGAGGCAAGGAGGCUGGAAGUGUCACGAAUAG